AUAAAAUUUCGCGGAAAUGGAAGCUUUCCUAAAAAGAAAUGGUAACAAGUCCCUGAAGAAGGUUGAAAAGGAUGUUGAGAUGGAGCCUGAUGAUGAAAAAGACAAUAAAUCAAGAUACCAGCCAUGGGUUGAGAAAUACCGCCCAAACAAAAUAGAUGAGGUAUCACAUCAACCUGAAGUAGUUAGCGCCUUAAAUAAGAGCAUAGAAACAGGAAAAAUUCCUCAUUUACUACUCUAUGGUCCUCCUGGUACUGGCAAAACAUCAACCAUUCUUGCGUUAUCAAAGGAAUUGUUCGGUCCAGAGUUUCACAGAUCGAGAAUUCUCGAGCUCAAUGCUUCUGACGAUAGAGGAAUUGGAAUGGUUAGAGAGAAAAUUAAGAAGUUUGCUCAAAAGAAAAUCUCAAAGGCGGUAUCUUCAGAUUAUCCUUGCCCACCAGUCCAGCUUAUCAUCCUUGACGAGGCUGACUCGAUGACAGUGGAUGCUCAAGCAGCACUUAGAAGAACAAUCGAAGUAUACUCUGCACAGACAAGAUUCUGCAUAAUCUGCAAUUAUGUUAGCAAAAUUAUCGAACCAUUAGCUUCAAGAUGUGUUAAGUUCAGGUUCACUCCAAUUGCAGAGGAAGCUCAAAUGAAAAGACUUCAAUAUAUCUGUGAGCAAGAGGAGAUCAACCAUGACAACUCUGCUCUUGAAGCUUUAGUAGAAGUAACAGAUGGAGACAUGAGAAAGAGCAUCAUGAUGCUCCAAUCAGCAGGAAGAUCUUAUGAAGGAGAUAAACUCACUGCUGAAGAUAUCUAUGAAGUCUCUGGCAAGAUCCCUAUUGAAGUUAUUCAAGAUAUUUGGGACCAAAUUUUGAACCAAAGCGAUACUAAUAUCAGUGAGCUUGCUGAAAAUGUUAUCCAAGAGGGAUAUGAUAUCAUGCAACUUCUUUCCCAACUAAUCGAACUAGUCACUAAUGCAGCUACCAGAGAUGUAUCUCAUCUCAAGAAAGCAAGGAUAGCUGAAAUAUGUGCUGAGACUGAAUUCAAACUUAUAAAAGGUGGUUCUGAAGAGCUAAAUGUAUCUUACCUGCUCGUGAGUAUUAGUGAUAUCCUUAAUAGUUAAACUAUAAGUCCCACUUAUUCAAUCUUCAGAAUGUGAAA